AUGGAAUUAGAAGAAGAAACUAUCUUUACUGUUAUGGAUCUUUGUAAAUUUGGAGUUAAACAAGAAAUACAAGCACAGUAUGGAUAUGGUGAACGUGUCAGGAAAGAAAGAUCUCAGAUUUCAUUCCACUGCAAAUAUCCAAAAUGUCCUGCACAUUUUAAUGUUGCAAUCUUGGAUCAAAAUAAAUACAAACUAAUCAAAAUAGUUGAAGAACAUGAUCAUUCCGCCCCAAAUGACAAAAGUCAAUAUUCGUCUGUCUUUUAUCGCAAAUAUUUAGAACAUUACUUCCAAACAGAUGACAAUCAAAGAGCGAUAGCACAGCUAAAUGCAUUCAAAGAUCUUGAAAUUCCUCUUACAGGUCCGUCCAUUCCAGAGAUGUACGCUCAAAAACCACGUGCAAUCAAACGA